UGAAAAGGGGCCAUGUGCUAUGUUAUGGAAUGAUGACAGAGGACAACAACAACCGGCGAAAUAUUAAUGAAUUUCAUUGACAUUAUUUCGCGAACUUUAUUCUAAUUGACACAUACAGAGACUGAUUGUUUCCUGUGCAUUUUAGUAUAAAAUAAAAAUGGCCUACUGUAGAGAAGAGGGGAAGGAUAAAGUAAUAUUUGCAACAAAGGAAGAUCUAGAACAACCUAGUACAGCCUUGAUAACAAUAGAAGAUCCAGAUGCAGAACCGGGAUUGAUAUUAGAAAAUGGUGAUAUAAAUUGGAAUUGUCCGUGUUUAGGUGGAAUGGCUAGUGGGCCAUGUGGUGUACAGUUUCGCGAAGCGUUCUCUUGUUUUCAUUAUAGUGAGGCUGACCCAAAAGGAUCUGAAUGUUAUGAAAGUUUUAAGACAAUGCAAGACUGUAUGAUUGGUUAUCCAGAGUUGUAUCCGUCUAAAGAGGACGCUGAAACUGCAGCUGAAAAAUUAGAGAAACAGGAUGAAUUUUUUAAUACAAACAAUUCUGAAACUCAGGAGAUUGCUGAACAAUCUGAAGCCAAGUCUUGAUGUGUGUUGAAUAAAUAACUAGGUAAAAAUCAAUAUAGAUAGUAUGAUAUUUAUGUGUAUGUAGUAUGUACCCUAAAUCAAAAGACUAAAAUUACAUAACCGAACAUCGUGGAAUGUCAAAUUUCUAUAUAUUGUAGAAAAUGGAAUCUAUUGUAAAAGUUUAAAUAUUUUUUGAUUAACGAAGCAUUAUGUAAGAGCUAAACUUCAUUUCAUUUUUCUAGAACAUCAGAUACAACACCCACACCAUAUAACCAAACUUUGUUUAUUAUUUUAACACUGGUACUAUUUUCACUAUAAUUUUGCUCAGAAUAAAGUAAUUUGAGUGAAAUUUCAAUAUAUUCAUUUUUUAUGUUCCCACAUUUUCAUGUGGACGUUUUAUGCCGUCGCUGCUGCCGUCCGGACAUCCAGACGUCCGUCCAUCCCCAAUUUGUUUGUGGACACUCUACAGGUCACAAUUUUUAUCCGAUUUUGAUGAAACUGGAUAUAUAGGUUUAUCUACCAAAGAUCUCGGUUCUUUUCGAUAUUGGCAUGUAUCGAACCAUAACUUCAUGGAUUAUGGCCCCUGAUUGUACGAAAAAUCGGCUUUUGAGCUUGUGGACACUCUAGAGGUCACAAUUUUCGUGAGAUUUUGAUGAAACUUGAAACGUAUGUUUAUAACCAAAAGGUCUUGGUUCCUUUCGAUAUUUGCGCAUAUCAGAUCGUAACUUCCUGAAAUAUGACCCCCUGAUCGUAUGAAAAAUCACUUUUUUAGCCUGUGGUCCCUUAAAAGGAAAACGUUCGAAUAUAUCACCGUUACACCAUAAUGUCAGUUGAGUUAGAAUUUCGAGAAAAUCGGACCAAACUGCCGGACAAAAUGGCCGCCCCACGAGCGCAAUUAGUGUAAACAUAUGGUAUAUCAAGGUGACAAUUUUUAUCCGAUUUUGAUGAUACUUGAAAUACAUAUUUAUAACCCAAAGAUUUUGGUUCCUGUCGAUAUUCGCCUAUAUCAGAUCGUAAGUUCCUGAAUUAUGGUCCCUGAUUGUACGAAAAAUUGCGUUUUUAGAUUGUGAUCCUUCUAGAGGUCACAAUUAUUAUCUGAUUUAAAAAAACGUUUGAAUAUGUCAAUGUUACACCGUAAUGUCGGUUGAGUUAGAAUUUUGUAAAAAUCGGACAGUAACUGCCCGUCAAAAUGGCUGCUCCUUGAACACAAAUUGUGUAAAAGUAUGUAAUACCAUGGUUGAAGACCUGAUAUGGUCCCGGAUUGUACGAAAAAUAGUGUUUUUUAGCUUGUGGAUUCUUUAGAGGUCACAAUUUUUUAUCCAAUUUUAAAAAACGUUUAAAUAUAUCACCAUUUCACCAAAAUGAAGGUUGAAGUCGAAUUGUGUAAAAGUAUGUAAUACGAAGGUUGUGGACCCUCUAGAGGUCACAAUUGUUAUCUGUUGUUGAUGAAACUUAAAAUGUAUGUGUAUGUCCAAAAGACAUCAGUACCUUUCGAUAUCUGCGCACUUCAGACCAUAGAUUAUGGCCCCUGAUUGUACAAGAAAUCGCUUUUGUUUUUAGCUUGUUCUCUAUCCAUCUCUUGCAAAAUGUGGGCAGAUCUAUUUUUGAACUAUUGUAGUAAGAACGGCCAACUAUUGAUCUAAAUCUUACAUAAUGCAUCUUUAAUGUUGUAUAAAUAUUUCUAAGGGUAUGUUGUAAGAUAUCUGGUAUAGUUCACAGGUAAUUGAUUACAUACAGAAUUCUGUAAAUGAUAUAAUGCUGGCAUGUUGUAAAAGACCAUUUCAUUUCAAAAUCCACUUUUAUUUACUCUGUUGGAAUUUAUUUGUUGGACAAUGUGGGUUUUUUUUAUCUGUCAUUGGGACAUUCGGCAGUUGUUUUGAUACCAAUGAUUGGCAUAUCUUGAUUAGGAACAGUGGAUCAUAAUUUAAGUAUUGCCGUUGUGUCUCUUAAACUAUGAUAUUUAUACUUUGAAGAGAAAAUAAUAAUAUAUAUAUCUAUUAUAGUGUUAGAGUUUUAUGAUAAUAUCAUCCAAAUUAUAUGUCAGUCACAAAUAGCUUAGAAUUUCCAAACAUCAAUCCAAAAAGUAUUUUCUCUCUCCGGUUUCUUUAGUUACCUGGGCCCUUAUUCAUGAAAACUUAAACUAAGUUACAACCGAAAUUUUAAGAAAUACUGCAACUUCAUUGGAUAUAUGCAAAUUGAUUUUACUGGUCAGCCAAUCGAAUUGCAGUAUUUCUUAAAAUUUCGAUUGUAUCUUAGUUUAAGUUUUCGUGAAUAAGAGCCCAGCUACAUAUUUUAUGAACUCCAGAAACGAUUUGAAAUAAAGAAAAAUUUGUGAUUUUAUGACAAAAUUUUUUGUUCUGGUAGAUAUGAAAAUCAAACAUCAUCAUAUAAUCAAUCAUAUGUACAAUGUACCUGUUUUAUAGUUAUUCCAAGAUUAGGGGAUUGCAUUAAAGUAGAUAGACUUUAAUUAGGCUUGUUAAAUUGUGUUUUAUGCAAUGUACAUGUUUUAUAGAUUUUGUAUUGGAGGUAUUAAAAUGAAAGAGAUAUUUAUAGUUAGUCUGAUUAAUAGAAAUUGUGAUUGUGUGUAUGAAAAUUAGAUUUCAAUUAAUUACAUAAUUCCAUAAACUCAUAUCAACUGUAGUGUUAUAAAAUUGUUAGUUAUAUGCAGUAAGUGUGAUUGAAUGUGGCAAUAAAAAUUGUUUAUUUAAA